GGUUGGCGUCAUCGGAAUCAACGUAUUGGAGUGCGUUGGGGUAAAUAGGAGCAUGUUGGGGCAUGUGACGCGAACAAACCACUACUCACUCAACAGUUGUGUCUGCUGAACGCGGCCAUUGUAAAAUUCUUUUAUAUAAUUGGUUUAUAUAUUUAGAUCCAACAGGAACUAAGGGCAAGAACCAAUCGUGUUGGAGAAUAAUUUCACCGUUACAUUCUCCACUGAACGCAGCUAUUGCUUUGACUCUUGUCUUCAUACACCAUGGUGUCGACACGAUUACACGAAUACCAACGAAUACGAUCAAUUUCUUGCAAAUGGCAACACUGGUUUAACACUUGGCGGCGGCAAGUCUGGAAGAACGAUUGAUUUGUAUUUAUCUUCCUGAUUAAUAAAUUUCGGUACCUACAUCAACAAAAAUGGCAUUGUUGCAAGAAAUAGCUGUGUCAACGACAACGUCCACAGUAGCAACAAUGUCGACAUCUACAUUAACGGUAACAUCUGCAUCAACGAUAAUGACGACGCUUACGAUGCCUACGUCAACGACACCGACCGCAAUAACGGCAAUGCCUGCACCAUCGAUGGCGUAUACCACAACUCCUGCAUCAACAAUGCCAAUAAUGUCUGCAUUAAUGACAUCGAUGGAAAUGCCUGCGACGAUAAAAUCAGAGCCACCUGCAUUGACUAUAAUGACGACGUCGACGGCAAUGCCUGCGACAGUGACAGCAAUGACAACAAUGUCAACAAUGAUGACGUCAGGAAUAACAGGAACAUCAACGAGAACAUCUACAAGAACGACUGCAUUGGCAAUAACGACAAUGACGUCAACGGCAACGCCCGAGUCAACGACGUCAUGGACUGCAAUGCCUGCAUCAACAACAAUGGCACUGACUACAACGUCUGUGUCUGCAAUGAACCCUGACACGCUAAUUACAUUACGUAAAGCAGAAUUAGAGGUUCUCAUACAAACAGCUGUCGGAACUGCCCUAAGAGAACGCAACCAAGAUGGAAGAAUUAAUGGUGAAAGAGAUAGUGAUACAGAGAGAGGACAAGAAAGGGGAAGAGGAAGAGGAAGAGGGAGAGGAAGAGGAAGAGGAAGAGGAAGAGGAAGAAGGGGGAGAGUUUUCAGCAACUCUCAUAUAUUCUUUUAUUUUAACUAAAUACAUAUAAAGAUACUUAAAAUUCAUAAAUAUAAGAUAUAAAAAACUAUAUAUAUAAUAAAAGUUGAUACAAAAUU